CCCAAGAAUUGGUCAAAGUAACCGGAAUCAGCCCUUUCUUGCUCAAGUUUGAAUUGUAGCUCAUUCUGUGCCUAGAGACCAUUUGAAUUUUGUCCCCGGAGUCAAAGUCUGCUCCUUGAUUAGACUGUCCUGAUCCUGGCUAGUCGAAGCUGGGGAGGCACUCGCGACUGAUGGUGAUGGUGGUAUGGACGGUCGUUUCCAGAAUUUGAGAGAUCUUGAGCUAAUAGAAAGCAAUUGUUCCUUCAGGUCUGUCUUCCUCGAGUCGAAGGAAUACCGUAUCUUUGUUUUGGAAGGAUCGGGUUUAUCGUUCACUGUACUUCCGAGGAGCGAUACACCAAGCGAAUUUGAAGUAGUAGUAUAUUCCGAUGAGAACUCGGGACUGAUUGAUCGCAACGUACGUAAAGCCUCACCAAACCGAGCGUUCAACUGAGCCAGACAUUUUAGUAUCAGGUCAUACCCAUCAUCACCCCACAGUGCUCGAAACUUGUCCGCGGAAUCCCCGUGCUUCUGGCUCUCAGCCUUCUUGAUCCAAGACAUGUGCCAUAGCUCCAGAGUAUAUCUCUGAGCUUCGAGUCUAAUCCCUGCGCUCGAUAUCUGGGCUCUUGCUUCAGGAUAUUCGCGGGCUAAUUUGACCAACGCACUCUGGGACUUGAUCGCGACGUCCACAAAUGCAGCCGCCGACAAUACCAGACCGGCAACCUCCAUGAUCCACAAUUCAGUGUGUUGGUAUAGUCCGGAGAUGGGUAGAAGAAAAGAAAACUAUGCCUCGGUCAAGUUGUGGGAGGAGCAAGUGUGAAAUCCAGCCUCGUGCGGGGCACCUCGUAUCGCAGUUGCUUUUUUCGCUGUCGCUACCUUGAAGAUUGACACAUGCUAAGAGUUGGCAUUUGAACAAACGCAUUCUCAGUGAAGAACACUCGGAAAUAAAACUACUUUCUGCCGACCUCAAAAAUGAAUGAUUCAAUCAAUAUAAGCCCUCUGGCUCGUCUUUGUGCUAGAGAAAUUGGAACUAUCGCAGUAUCCGUUCACAAGAGUUGGGCUCGUAAUGCCGACGAACAACUGAGACUGGGAUUAGGGUUGAUAGACUCAGCCAGUCGAUUGAAGGAAUGGGAGAUCAAUCUGGCAAGAUCAGAUCUACAAUACAAACUGGGAGCUACCGACGGUCACGAUUUCGUGACAAAUGUCAUCGGGCCAUUGCUGCUCUCUCUGGCCCUCCAAGUAGAUCCUAUAUACUGGUACCCCAAUAACCCAAGAAAUCGAGUAAGGAAAGAGUUGAGCACAUAUGUUAUGGCAAUAGUGGGCAGUUCCCAGCCAGACUCUCCUGAAACCUUGAUUGCAUAUCUGCGGGAACGAGGAUAUCAGACUCCAAGCUAUUCAAUGAUGGAAGCUGAAAACAUCAUUAACGACAUUGUCACCUGUCUAUGUAGCUACAGUACAGCGCUACGACUGAAAACAGCGUCUCUUUCGCCGCAACUGGAGCUCCAACCUCCUCAAAAAGAUAACCAGAGUUUAUAUCUAGGAUCUCUACAAAGAGACCUCCAAUUCAAGCCAAGUCUACCCCAAAGGACAGAAUCUGAUCUAUCUGAUCUAUGGAGGCAGUGGAAUUUAGGGGAUGAGCGAGCUGUCACUCCCCAAGAUAGCCAGCGACCCUUUGCACAGCAAAGCCAAUCGUCCGGAAAAUCAAAGCCAACCCUAUCAGGUGAACUUAGUAUCAAAAAACUUCCCAAAGGCACAACAAAAUCCAAAAAGUCGCAGAAACACGUGUCGACACGCUCUCCAACGCCCCCUCCUCCCUACGAACUAUCCCUCAAGAACCCCCCACCACCUUUCGGCCACGUCUGCUGGAUGAACGACACUGGCAGCCCCCCUCCUUAUCACGCCCUCCCAGAAGAUCACAAGCGAAAGCUAGUCAUCGUCGGGCCCGGGGCCUGCGGAAAAACUUGUGCCCUCAUCGUCUUUAGUAAAGGCACAUUCCCCGAAGUCUACGUCCCCACCGUCUUCGAGAACUACGUAGCAGAUGUCGAUAUCGAUUCCAAUCAUCUAGAGCUCGCGUUAUGGGAUACGGCUGGCCAGAUAGACUAUGAUCGGCUGCGACCGAUGUCGUAUCCAGACAGUCAUGUUAUUCUGAUGGCGUAUAGUGUGGACUCGCCUGAGUCGUUGGAUAUCGUGAUUGAACAGUAUACUCCUGAGAUAGCGCAUUUUUGCGCGGGAGUGCCUGUUGUGCUUACGGCGCUGAAGGUUGAUCUUCGCGAUGAUGAAAGAACGAUUCACGAACUUAAAAGGACCAGAGAGACGCCUGUGUCGUUUCAUGAGGGAUUGCGUACGGCGAAGAAGAUCGGCGCGGAUGCCUAUAUUGAGUGUUCUGCGCGAACUGGGCAAGGGCUUAGAGCUGUGUUUGAAGCGUCUACUCGGCUGGCUAUUGCUGGAUCAGGUUCCGAUGUCAAAGACUCCAAGUGCACGCUUAUGUAG